CGGGUCAGCUAUCUUGACAGCUCUCCAGAAUUCCAACCCGGAUGCGGAGGCGUGUCCAACCGCCAAACGGGCCCCGCCUGGUUUAGGGCCCACAGCGCAGAGGCACGAGGAGCCAGCUCCAGAAUCCUCCAGAACCUUCACCGCACUAUGCCUCCCCCAAUCAUACAUACUCGCCAAUUCAAGCCACCGAAAAAUCACACAAAGAAAACUAGUCAGAUUCUUUCAAUUCCGAGGCUCCAACUCUCUCUCGUGCUCGAUCGCCUCCUCCUCCUCCCAUGGCCUCGGCGAACGACGGCGACCGCGCGGCGGCGGGCAUCCUGCGGCUGCUGCUGGGGUUGGCGGGCGCGCCCUCCACGGCAUUGCCGCGCGGCGGCGGCGGCCCUGGCCUGGUUGUGGUGCAGCACUUCAUCGUGGACGGCGACGGGGACCUGUUCUCGGGCGGGGUCGGCGGGGGCGUGCCGCCGGCGUCGAAGGCCGCCAUCGCCGCGCUGAAGGAGGUGAAGGCCGGGGAGGUCGAGGACGGGGACCCGCUGGGAGACUGCGCGAUCUGCCUGGACGGCGUGGAGGACGCCGCGAAGGAGAUGCCGUGCGGGCACCGCUUCCACGGGGAGUGCCUGGAGCGCUGGCUAGGCGUGCACGGCAACUGCCCCACCUGCCGACACGAGCUGCCGCCGGCGAAGGACGAGGACGGCGCGGCGGCGGAGGGCGGCGAGGAGAGGCGCAGGCCGAGGACAGCGGUCGUGGUGAGCUACAUGGUACUCGGAGGCCAGCGGGAGGAGGAGCAGGCGCAGCAGCAGCCGGAGAGACAGGAGCCGUGGACCAUUAGGAUAGAGGACGUGGAUUAGGAUUAGGAGGUAGGUUUAGGCCUCUAAAUCUUUCCCAAUUGGUUUACGGAUUGGUUUUGGGGUGUCUGUUUUGUACCUACUGGUGGAGGGAGAUGGGAAAAUUGUGAAUAUUUCGUUGUCAAAGACGAUGUACACGGAAGGUUUAAUUUCAUGUUAUAUUGUGAUUUAAAUUUUGUAUAAGAAAAAUGCUAACUUUUGA